AAUUCACAUCUAAUAAUCCCAUAACUCAGAUCGAAUAUUUCAAAAUUUCUUUUCUAUGUCCACAUGACUUAACCUCAAAAUCUCCAGGUCAAAUCUCUUGUAACUAACAAUCCAUUAACUGAAUUUAUAAAAUCUCCAAUUAAACUUUUGUUUAUAAGAUCAUGAUUUAUAUCUCAAAUCUAUAUUCACUUUACAAAAUGGCUAGCCUUCUAACUCGUCACUCCCCUUGAUUUCCCCGUCCUCGGUUUCGCUUCCUAAAAUGGUGGACAAGGAAAACUAUGAAAUAAAAUAUCUCAGUAAGUAAAUAUGGAUAGCCCUUGGGUAAAACUUUUAACAUGCUAGAUAAACCAUGUAAGUAUAACAGAACUUUCACUGAUAAACCGUUAAUGCGGAAAUCAAAUUCGGUUCAAUAGCAAAACGUUCAAUGACAAAACCGUCAAUGCAAAAACAGAUUCAGUUCAAUAACAAAACGUUUCCUGACAAACCGUUAAUGCAGAAGAAACUCAGUUCAGUAGUCUCAUCUAUAAGUCAUGGCCAGUGUUAUAACAACUCACUGGCAGGCGACAGAAAUUUGCCAAUGUAUUCGCCCAGUGGCAGGCGUCAUAUCAGUAAACAUGUCGACAUGUGCUAGCGUUACACCCACUAGCGGGGAUCGGAAGUGCUACACACCCACUAGCGGGGAUCGAAAAUCAUGACCAUAUCAGAGACAAAACCAUGCAGGAUUCACAGUCAAAAUCCGUAAUUCACAAUCGAAAUCCGUAAUUUCAGAAAUAACCAGAAAAUUCCAUGUGAACAUGGAUUUAACAGAAACCGCAGAAUUUGCAAACUCUCAGUUCAUCAAAACAGUUCAGUCAAUUCCAAAUAUGCAUGCUCUAUUCCAGAAAAACAAUGAAAUUCUCAUUUUCAUUCCAAUCAUGCUCAGUUCCAGAAAAUAAUAAUUUUCAUAAAAAUCACCACAAUUUCCAUUUUAGCUUAAUCACAUUCAGAUGCUGAUAAAAUCAAUUUAAAAUCAAUUU